AAUAAACAACACUACACCGACAUUCAAUACAUAAAGUCACUCGUGACAUUUCGCAACUGCAUGAACCUGCAGUGUAUGUCUGCACACUUUCUGCCACAACGUGUACAGGUAGUAUGUUCGGGAACAGGUGUAAAUAUCUAAUCGGUAUAUGUUGACAGGUCGACCACACCCAGGAGUCCAUCAGCGGCUACAUACGGAAGUAAGAUACAUUGCUUUUGAACGACGACACGAGUACCGGGUGCUUGUCAGAGAAAGCUUUAAGAGACCCCUGUUUCAACCGCUGUACAACUUCACGCUGGAAUUGCCAACAAGUCUAAUGCAGACUGCCAACUGCCACAACGUGUAUACUUGCAGGGAGAUGGCCCAUGAUCGCUUCCUGCUAUCAAAUCAGAGUAAUCGGUUCCUGCUUUUGGAACUACUUUAAGGACGUGGUCUGACCAGUACCAUGUUUCUACAUCUUUGAACUGAACAGCUAAGACCUCCGAAGGAAAAGAACUGCAUUAAGGAGACUGGAAACAUCUAGAAUCAUUUACAUCAGAAAAGAAUUAAAGAAGCAGCAACUUAAACAUCAAGAUGACUGACAGCGAUGAUGAAUUUAUGAUAUUCCCCAUCACUGACUUGGAUGCCAAUUAUGAUGCAUCUCAGUCGGAACAGGAGGACAGCGGUGGCGACCACCAGAGCAGUGAUGAUGACGAGAGACCCAAAGUCUUCAUGUCAUUGCGACAGAGGCGUCUGUCGAAGGUCCUGGGCACAAAUCCUCUGCCAGUGCUGCAGACGAGCAUCCUGCCACCGGUUCCCAAUGUGAACAAGCUGCACUGGCUGUCGGCCAUCAAAAAGGCAAAGGAGAUGCAGGACCCCUGGGAGGUGUUCCACAUCGAGGACAUGAAGGUUGAGAGAUGCACCAGACAUCGUUACAACGCCAUCAAGAAGACGUGGGUGCAGGAUGAGGUUAACGUCAAGAUUCAGGAUAAGUCCUUCACCCGUGGAGCAAUGAGACAGUGCUUCAGACUGAAAAAGCAGUCAACAUUCUCCCACAAGACUGAUUGGAAACAUGCAUUCAACUAUGUGGCCAAGUCCUACAUAGAGAAGGUGGACCGUGAAGUGUACUUUGAGGAUGUGAAACUCCAGAUGGAUGCCAAACUGUGGGGAGAGGAGUACAAUCGUCACAACCCCCCAAAGAAGGUGGACAUAUUCCAGAUGUAUAUCCUGGAGUUCAAGGCAAGGAAAGGGUCGCCCCUGUUUCACCUGGAACAUUUCAUCGAGGGUGACUAUGUCAAGUACAACUCAAACUCCGGAUUUGUGGAGGAGACCAUCAGACUCACACCACAGGCUUUUAGCCACUUCACGUUUGAGCGGUCCGGUCACCAGAUGAUCGUGGUGGAUGUCCAGGGCGUGGGGGACCUGUACACUGACCCCCAAAUCCACACUGUGGAGGGCAAAGAUUACGGCGACGGCAACCUGGGCUGCAAGGGGAUGGCACUCUUCUUCCACUCCCAUGUCUGCAACACCAUCUGUCACAGUUUGGGUCUGUCUGAGUUUGAUCUGUCCGCCAAUGAGCUUAACACUCACAAGGACUUCCUGGCCAAACAGAUCAAGUUUGCCCAGACCCGGGUGCGCGGCAAGGAGGAAUUCUGUAUCAGUCCCUCCCCCAAGGAAACCAUCAAUAUCACCCAGCUCCUGCGACAGAGGUCAAUUUCAUCCUCUGGUAGCCAUAGCGAUGAGCCUUCCAGUCCCACUUCCAAUGAUGAUCCCAUGUCUGUUGACAGUCCGGUUGGACGUGUACGGUUGCGAUUUGUUAGUGAGUCGGACAGUGUUUCCAUGAAUGAGGAAGAGGAUCGAGAAGCAUUUUCCCGAGCACAGGCAAUGCACGCAAGGCCAUCUUGUGUGAACAUGGAACUGGAUUUGAGAAAACUGUCCAAUCUUCGCAUUGGAGAUUCUGUUUUGGGAGAUAUCCAUCAUGAAAUGGCCAAAUAUCACGAGCUGGGACGCUUUACUAUGAAUGAGAAUGAGAUUGACUGGGAGUCAGCCAUCUACCAUGAGGAGCAUGCUGCCCAACUCGGGGUUUUGGAGGCCAUCUUGACUCUCGCCAAACUGUACCUCGGGAUCCAGAGAGAUGUCCUAUGCAACUGCUUUGUGGAGCCGUCCUCAGAGAACAUUGACCAAGGAGUGGACUACAUGGCCGAGGCAGCUGAGGCAGGGGAUCGUAGUGCCAUGAUCUUCAUGGCCAAAGCUUUUGAGACCGGCAUCAACCUGGGCGUUAAGAGGAGCAUCUCUUGGGAGGACUCGGUUCACUAUUACGAUGAAGCUGCCGCUCAGGACACCCAUGACGAGGGUGGAGAGUACGAUGCUGCCAUGGAUGACCCCGUCUACAUCCUAAAGGCCAAACAGGCUGAGUUGCUUCGGUCUGGUGGUAAUGGUCUGGACAAGAACCCCGAGAGAGCAGCUGAGUUGUACAACGAGGCAGCAGACGAAGCGAUGGCGGCCAUGAAGGGACGCCUGGCUACCAAGUACUACGAGAUGUCCGAGGAGUGUUAUGGAGAGAUGGAGGAGUGAGUUCUCUCGGAGGCCGCUGAGACAGGACUGUGCAACACAUCACAAUUUGAUCUCAGUGCGUGUGGGUUGCUUUACCCAUGCAAUGUACUCUUGCUAUUACAUACAUCCAGUAUGUGUGUGUCAGUAGUUAUCCCUCGUCAUAGAUGUUACUGUUGUAUAGAAGUGUGGAACCUAAACUCUACACAGUAGAAUGUCAGAAGCUGAAUAAUCUCAUAUUGUUUGGUUACAGUGUUAAUCAUAAACAAGAUGUUACAGGUUGAAGAUAGGGACUUGUUGAUGGAGCAGUUUGGAGACAUGGUAUGACUGUAGUGGUAGUCUAAGCCAGGACAUCACAGUCCUGAAGAUAGAGACAUGUUGAAGCAGUCAUGCUGUACUGAGCUUGCAAGUUUCAGACAUACACUGAAGGGCUUAUAAGAGAUUACAGUGCUGAAGAUAGACUCUUGUUCAUGGAGUCAUGCUGUACUGAUCUUGCAAGUUUCAGACGUACACCGAACGGCUAAUUGAGAGAUUACAGUGCUGAAGAUAGAGACUUAUGUUGAAGAAUUUCAGAAGUUGAGCCAGUAGUAUUAAUGUGUAAUUACAUGGAAACUGACUUUAGCUGAAUGAGUAAUUGUGACUGAUAUUAACAUGAUUUGGGAUAACAUGAACAUUGAAUGUGUUGAUAAAUAUCACAAACCAUUGCAGGCUGUCAGUGAUAAACAGACAGGCUUGAGAGAUAUAAAACUCGGACCUGGUUUCCCUGCUCCAGCAGGUGUGUUAAGCUUGAUAGUGGCAUGUUGCCUUGUUCAGUGCAUUAUAUCGGUGCUGAGGCCAGGAAGGUGAACUACGGACAUUAAUGAAUUCAGUGUAAGCAGAUGUUUGACAGCUUACUGAGGAGUGAUGCAUCUCAGCAGGAUAUACAGUGCAUGCUGAAAGCUUACUGAAAGCAUUCUUGAGGCAUCGUGUUUGGUGUCCAUUGAGAAGGACAGCAACAUCACAGCAACAAAGACACUGAAAAAGUAUUGUGACCAAAUGUCACCGAUGGAUAUUAAUACAGUUUUAAUGUGAUGUCGUUACUGUGUUGAGUAAUGUUUUGAAACGUGUUUAGGUGCUUAAGACUUGAUUCCAUGUUGACAUAAUUUCAUAGUGCCAUAGUUUGUUUGUUCAUUUGGUUCAACACUUUUACUGUUGGAGUUCAGCUGUAUCAUACACUUUGUUUAUUGCAGAAAUAUGAUACUUCAGACUGUUGCAUAGUAACAAUAUAUUAAUAGAUGGUAUGUCAAUAAUUUUCAAAAUAUAUUUUUGAAUAUUUUAACGACUGAAAAAUAAAGUCAAAUAUAGUAUUUUGGCUGAUAAAUGGCUUGGUUGAUAAAGGAAUCUCUAAACUGUCUUCCAAAACUGUUCAUGAAUACGGACUAGACCUAGUGAUAUGUUGUGUAAAUAGUGUAUAUAGACUUUCAACAUGUCUUAACAUCUUUUGAGAUCUAAUGAUGUUCAGCAUAUUGUCAUCAAGUGAUUCAGUUAUGUAACACAAGAUUUCACAGUGAAGGAAGGUGACUUACGGAUUUCAACUUAUUAUAUUUUUCUGUGCAGCAUGUUUAUACAGGUGCUAGUACCUUAUAUCAGCAAGUGGACACAUUUCCUUGAUAGAGGGAGUCACACUUGUACUGAAACAUUGCAUUGAAAGAAUAUAGCAGUCAUAAUCCAUAAGCCAACCCGGUCUUCACUGAUACCACUGCUUCAAAAUGUCACUAUGGUUAUAGCUUUUACUGUAAUGCUUUACUUGUGCAAUGGAUUCAUUUGUUUCUUAGUUAGGACUUACUUGGACUGAAAUGUGUGUUUAAUUAAAGUAUUUUUUUAUGUUUAUGCAGUACGCAUUUGUUUUACAUUUAAUACAUCAUUGAUUGCCAAAUUCCAAAAUUUAAAAAAAUUAAGUUUAGUUGAACUUAAUUCUCACCAAGCCAUGUGCACUCGAUGUGAAGAUGACAAAUUCAAGCAGUGUUAGUAAUAAUGGAUAUUAGUCCAGUGAUUUGAAUAUUUUAAAUUUUUCCCAUUUCAGAUUUGAGGCAGAGUUUUUUAGUAAAAAAAUCAGCUUAGGCCAAGAGUACUUACUUUUAUGAACACGCCAUUGUAAGAAUUGUUUUCCAAAGAUUAUAUGUGUAUAUGAAGAUCUCCCAUUCCAUUACUUAGGUAUUUAUAUCAUGUUAAUUACUGUGUUAAUUUUCAAUUAGAAAAUUUUGAUAAUGCUACCUUCUAAUCUGUUGGAGCUUUAACAUUUUGUGGAAAACAUGAUUUUGUUUUGAUUCACAAUAGGUUUGCAUUAAACUCAAUAUAUAUCGUCAUAAGUUUUUAGACGUCAUACGUUUUCAGAUGGCCAUGUUUAUCGCGACACAGACAUAACUGUCUUUUAAAAGUGAAUGAGUUUUUGUUACAGUUGUUCAUGUGAUUUGAGAGAAAACUAUGUAUUUUUCUUAAGCAUCCGAAAAGCCACAACACAGGGAUAUAGUGAGGGAUAAGUAUUGUAUUAUAUAUUAUUGUAACAAAUUUAGCCAAUUUUUUUAUUUUGUGGUUAAAAUUUAAUAAAAAGUUCUCCCUGUACAUGUUUUUGAUAUUUAGAUAAUAUAUGAUCCUUUACAAUGAAAGCUACUAACAGUUUAAUGAGCUUAUGAUAAAGGGCUUAUUUACCUCAUGAUAUUGUUGAUACAUGGAACAAAUUGUCUCGUUCAAACGUCGCUCGCUUUAUUGAUCAUUAUCAUGGCUGUAGACGUGUUCAGUUCCAUCAUUUCACAGUCAGAGGUUGUGCUUUUGUCCUUUAUGUUUAAGAUCAAGUUGAAAUCUUGAUGUUUUAUUAAGUUUUACUAUUUUACUCAUAUUCUCAAGCAUGCAAGUGCUGAUUUCGUUAAUCCUAACAUCACCUGUGAUUCUAACUGUGGCACUCAGUACAGCUAGUUAUGCCAGUUUUGAAAUAGCUUAUUGAUUCUGUUGGUGUCACUGUCAGCACAACUACACAAAGGUACUCCGGGUUCUUUUCUGAAUACACAAAGGUACUCUAGGUACUUAGCUGAAUACACUAAUGUACAAUAACUUGGCAAUAUGUUCACUUGGAGUGUUCACUUGGAGUGUUCACAAAUGCACAAAUAUGGCUUCUGUACUCAGAUAUUGGUUAACUUGGUGUACAUAGAACACGGCAGACAGUUCCGGUACCUUUCCCGACAGUGACACCAUCAUCCUUGUUGCCCAGUACUGGACAGAGGAGGGUGGGAACUCUUUAAAGGGAGGACAUUAUGUGAAUACCAGCAGCGGACUAACACCAUGCUGAUGUUUUGACGACUUUAUUUGUUGCUUCCAUUGCUUAUGUUUUAUUUUGUUACAUUUUUGCGCACAAACUUCUUUCAUGAGCAUAUUUGCAAUUGCUACUCGACUUUUGCAGGUCAUUGUUGGUCUUGUACAUAGUUCUUUGUCUUUAAGGUACAUGUUUUGUGGCGUGUAUGUGAUUUUGUACAUGUGGUUUACUGAAAAUAUUUCAUUUACAUGCUCUGAAUAGAAAACUACAUUGAAAUAUUUUGGUUUUGAACAAAAUGUUUAACACAUUAAUAAUACUUGAAAAUUCUAAGGAUAAACAUUAUGUGUUUGAUAUUCUAUUUUGAAUAUUUCAUGUUUCUUUUUUUUCAAUAUUUACCCUCUUAUGGUAUUACUUGUGAACUGAUAUCAAGAUAUAUGAUUUUGUAUAAUUGAUCUCUAAUUAGUUUACAAGUUAACAGAUGUCAUAGCAUCUUGAGAGGCUUCAAAAUAUACUGCUAACAACUUUGAAAAAUUGAAAUUGGAUAUGUAAUGACAGUAUGACAUGAAAGACAAAUGGUUCAUCAAGGCCAGAGUUGUUCCAGACAAGUUGUUCUGUAACAUUAUUACAAAAUGGGAGAAAAGCUUCCAACUUAUCACUAGUCUCAGGCUCUUGGACUAGUGUUUGGUCUGACCCUGCUUGUGUUACUUGGGUGCUACUGUGUUAUGGAGGUGUUAAGGGGACAGUUUUUGUUGUCAACAGGCAUGUCAGAUCCUGUUUCAUUGAGAUGAGGAUGCAGAAGCCACCAUGACACAUUUGCAGUCACAAUUUGGUGCAGGACGAGCUGUGCCUUCAGCUUGAUUGAAGGAGUUUGUUGAAACAACGGUUGAAGGUGUAAGAUGAGGUUUGCAUGUACACGAUGUUCAAUUAUUUGCACAAUGUGUUGCUGUUAGUACUGCAGAAAGGGCACCUCCGCGACAGUUGUCAGCUAUAAAUAGUGUCAGAGUAGAUGACAGAGAGACAUAUCUGUACAUUAUCCACAGUCGGGAACCAGCCUAUAUGAGUGUUCCUUCACUUGAUAGGGAGUGAUGUGUGCUGUGUGAAGCCUAGAGAACUGUGUGAGCACUAGAAAACUAACGUCAUGAUUGAUGCAGAUAUGUUUAGUGUCAAAACUAACAUACAUAGAAACCGUAACAGAUAUUCAUAAAACAUAGGACAUGGGGGAAAAUGUGAAUCUGUCAAAUGAAAUCUUGCACAUGGAAAAAUAUCAUUCCCUUAUCAACUCUGAUAUUACAACUGGAAAGCUUGUAAAAAGGCAUGUGUGCAGACCUGAAAUGUUUAGAUACAAUGACCUGGGUACUAGCAUGACAUGGAGGGAGGAUAGACACAGGUGUAUUGACCCGGGUACCAGCAUGACAUGGACGGAGGAUAGACACAGGUGUAUUGACCCAGGUACCAGCAUGACAUGGACGGAGGAUAGACACAGGUGUAUUGACCCGGGUACCAGCAUGACGUGGACGGAGGAUAGACACAGGUGUGACAUGAUAUAACCUCCUAUUUCGCCAACAAUCCCAAUAAAUGGGGCACAUUUUGCCAAGUUUGUAUCAAUUAAAGCAUUCAGUAGCAUUAAUGGAACCACUUGAAAAUUCAUUAAUGUGGAAAUUAUUGUUCAAUUUGGAAAGUAUUGAACUGGCUUUGUUGGUCUGCUUGCCGUGGCACAAAUGUAUGUCCAUGUAGUUAAAUCUGUGGAAUUAUCGUCAGAUGGUUUGUAGAGGAAGUGAAUGGUGGAUGUGAAAACAGUUGCAGAUAAAAAAAAAGCAAAAAAAUGAAAGGUAUCCAAAUGUCAUAUUUGACUUGGUAAGUGCUAUCUUGGGCUUCGUGUUCCUAAUUGUUUUAAUAUGAUAGUCCAAUAUUUGAUAAGUUUGAAAGACUGUUUGUUGUUUAAAUAUACCACUCAAAAGAAGUUAAAGAACACCUGUUCCUUUCAUAUUACCAUAGUUAAUAUGUCUUGCCAUGAUUAACUAUAUUAACAUGAAAGAAUCAGGUGUAUAUCUAUUAAUUCAUUAGGACACUUUGCCUUGUUAACUGCGUCGGAUUUGGCAUGAGUAACAAGGGGAUACGUUGAUGUGUGGUUUGAUAGCCACUGUGAUGGUGAAGGAUUUCAGUCAAUUUAUAUGUUAACAGUUAAAUAUUUUUAAUUGGAAAUAAUUGGUCACAUUUCAUGGUGAGGGUAUCAGCAGAUCAAAAUUAUUACAAUUUGUGAUGUAAGGAAUGAUUUGACAUAAUUUCUUUAUCUGACUUUAAUGGUCUUGUCAAGACAAUGAAACUGAGAAAGAGUUAAUUAAUUGAAGGAGAAAUUAUUAUGAUUUCUUACAUUUUUGUCAGGUUCAUUGGACUUUUGACAAGACACAGAGUUUUGGACAAAUAAUUUGUAUUUUGAAAACCUCAUGUAUAUGCAUAGUAUAUUCUGUAAUGGGCAUUUAGCAAAGUGAAUCUUACAGUACAUGAAAUUUUCCUUUGAAAAGAUCCUAAAGUAAGAUUGCAUAUAUUGUUUGAGUCACUGUGUAUAGUAUGUAGACAUUUCCGUAUUGUUUUAUAGCUCUGUAGUUCGUAGAGUGUGAUGGUGUUUGUAGGUUACUGUUUGAAUGAUUGUCUAUACAAAUCUGAAUACAUCUGUAUGAAUAAAUAUUUUAUACUACUCAAUUUUGAAAAGGAUAUUCCGAUAUUGAUAUCUCAUUCUUAUGAAACAAUAGACAACAACUUGCGAAAAUGCGUACUUUGGGUUAUUUAACUUGAAAUGUCUGUUCCUUGGCAGUAUUAGAUACUAUUAGUAUGACAACAUUUCUAAGUGUUCCAGAAUUCAGAUAUAAUCUGUUAAAGUUGAGUAGUAUAAUUUUUAUGGUUUGUUUGGCUUUGCAUUUAACAUUUUAGAUCCCAAGGCUCUACUUUUGUUUAGAUGUGUCAGAUUGUAUAGGAUAUUCCAAAUGAGCUGCCCCAGUCCAGUGGUUAGGAGCCAGUUCAAAGUAUGCCAGGGGGCACGUGUGGCCCAGUCGUCUAAGGCUGUGAUUCGCUAUGCAGAGUUACGUCCCUUGGGCACGCCAGAAACCUAUGAUUGUGGGUUCGCCCCGAUUAGGUUUCUAGGUUUGUCAGCACCAUACCCGUGCUCGUGGGUUUCACCGAAGUGGUAAACAUCUGGGACCUGCAUCACUUCUGGCUUUCCUCCCACAUUGAGGUCCUAAAAACUUUGGAUAAUAUCUGGAGAAACAUCCUUGAUUAUGCAGGGUAUUGUAUGUCCAUUUUGUUAAGAUAAAUAUCCUUAACCCAUUUGCCAGUUUAGCUUUGCUUAGGAAGUGAACCAAUCUCUAUCUAACUGUCACUGACACAGAAAUCUCUAGGUCAUGUGCUUGAAAUCAAAAGCCAAUCAAAAUGCCUCUUCUGCAUUCAAAACCUUGGCCUUGUUCUGGCUGUACUUGAGAUGGCACUUAAAAGUCCUGUCGAGUACUGGCGCUAUUGUUUCAGUGGUUGAGAAUUGUGAGAAGUGAUUGGACGUCUACUUUUAGUGUUGUCCUUCGAACUGUACUCAGUAAAGUUAUGGUGGUGAAUUGGUUCAGUCAUAUCAGAAUAGAAUGGAGAUAGGAUACACUGGAAAAUCGAGGAUGCUUGUGAAGUUGCGAUCAAUAUGUUUGUAUUCAGAUUUGUAAACGUUUGUUUGGUGUGACGAUUUUGCACUUUCGUAGUAAAUAGAGGGCCCAUGUUGGAUGACCCAAUGUUGUAGAAGUCUUACCAGAGCUUAAUAUCAAUACACUAUUGGGGCAAACAGGGAAACCUUCUUAGCCCCAAUGUAGUAUUGUUAAUAGGUAAUGGAUUCACUUAGGAAUCUUGUGUGAUUUUUAGACAUCUUGUUUCUUGUGUUUCUGCGAAAAUAUUUGCAGGCUACUUGUUGCUUUGAGACAGUUAAUGUCCAGUGUUACUGGACUUGUGGUACAUUUGGUUUUGGAUCAGCAUUCGGUCAUUUUCCAGUUUUCCAGUUUGGUGUUGUCACACGUACUUUCUCAUCUGUGUAUAUUGACAUAUAAUGCUCAAUACAAACUUUACCUAUUUUUUACAUUUACAUUUUGCUAUGUUAUUGAGCUUGUUCCAAUGGGAUGUUGAAGAUUCAUUGUCAAGGCAUCUGUAUCUCUUAACAUGUAUGCUCUGUAUUCCCAUAUGGAAAUAAACUUCCAAGUGAU